AGAAUAUCCUGCACAACCGCAUCUCGUGCGGCUUAUUGCUGACCUCUUCGAUUACAUCAAUUCCGCAUCUGAGUCGGUUGUAGUAUAGCUGAUUUGGCCUCUACGGAAUUUCCAUCUUGGCCUAAUAAGACAAUAAGCCAUGGACCACGACGACAGGAGCGACUUAUCCUUUCCACCACCAUCUUCACGCUCCAGCAGCCGAACACCGCAAAAAACCAGAAGACAGCUCCCACAAGAGACUAUGAGGCGAUUCUGCGACAAAUUUAGCACCAAGUUUCCUGGGAAAGUCUACACCGUGCUUCCUGAUAACCCGUACGCACGCAGCAAAGCCGCACGGAUACCCAAAGGUGCUAUCCAAGGUCAGAAUGCGGCGAAGCCCUACAACCAGGCCAGAAAGGAAUGUGAACAAUCUGUUAAUCGGAUUGUACGGGAGUGCGAACGCUUGAAUCAGAAGUAUACGGAUCCGCAUUUUGAUAUUGAAAUUGAUUUGAAAUCAGGGCAGAGGGAUUGUCUGAAUGGGUUGGAUGUGUGUAAUUUGGAGAUGCUGCCGAAAGGCGUCAAGAGGGUUACUGAAAUAUUUGACAAGCCACAGUUCUAUGUAAAUGGGCCGACUGCCUCAGAUGUACGCCAGGGCCGAGACGGUGAUUGUUGGCUUAUGGCAGCUCUGUGUACACUGGGAAAUAAACGAGGCCUUAUCGACAAUAUCUGCGUCAUGCGAAAUGAGGAAGUUGGUGUUUAUGGAUUCGUUUUCUUCCGAGAUGGCGAAUGGCAGCAGUGCAUUGUAGAUGACAAACUCUACCUGCGAGCUGCAGAUUAUGAUGAAUCAUUAGACGAACGACAGGUUUGGGACGAUAUCACCCGUAAGGAUACCGAAGAGGAAUACCGGAAAGCCUUUCAGACCGGAUCGAGAACCUUAUACUUUGCUCAGUGUGCGGAUGAAAACGAAACAUGGCUACCAUUACUGGAGAAGGCUUUUGCAAAGACACAUGGAGACUAUUCUGCCAUUGAAGGUGGCUUUGUGGGGGAAGCCAUUGAGGACUUUACCGGUGGCGUCACCAUAGAUAUACUGUCCAGCGGUAUUUUGGAUAAAGAUCGCUUCUGGAACGAGGAACUCAUGAAAGUUAAUCAGGACUUCCUUUUUGGUUGCGGUACCGGUCUGUGGUCCAAUUGGUUGUGUCCAAAGUACGAAGGUCGUCCUAGGGACAGGAGGGGUAUAUUCGAAAACCACUCGUAUUCUAUCAUGGAGGCCCGAGAGAUUGAUGGUCAUCGCUUGCUUCGAUUGAGGAAUCCCUGGGGCAAGAAAGAAUGGAGUGGAGCAUGGAGUGAUGGUUCUGAGCAGUGGACUCCGGAAUGGAUGGAGAAGUUAGGGCAUAAGUUUGGUAACGAUGGGGUCUUUUGGAUUUCUUAUGACGAUCUGCUCAAGAAAUAUCAGCACUUCGACCGAACACGCCUCUUUGGACUUGAGUGGACAGUCACUCAGCAAUGGACCACUCUCAAUGUUCCAUGGUCUGCAGAAUAUCACAGUACCAAGUUCAUGAUUACUGUAACAGAGGAAAGCCCUUUGGUUAUUGUCCUCUCACAGCUCGAUUCACGUUACUUCAAAGGCUUAGCAGGGGAGUACGACUUCGCUCUCAAUUUCAGGGUGCAAAAGGAUGGCGAGGAAGAUUAUAUUGUCCGCAGUCAGAGCAGCCAUUUAUUGAAACGAUCUACUAACACAGAGAUUACCCUCAAGCCAGGCUGUUAUCAUGUCCUCAUGAAGAUCACAGCGUACCGACAUCCCGGUGUAGAGCCAACAGAGCGGACCGUCAGCCGUUUGGCUUCAACGAGUCGUGAGAAAUUGGUCCAGAUCGGACUGUCGUAUGACCUAGCACAUGCUAAGAGUCGUAUCAUUGAGACUCAAAGAGAGAAGAAAGCCCGCGAGAAUUAUGAAAGGCGUCGCAAAGCGCUGGAGAGGGAGCAACGACGCGAUGAAAUAAAAAGAAGGCUACAAAAGGAGUGGAUUCGAGAACGGAAGACGGCUGCGAGGAAAAAAAGAGCAACAGAAGGACUUGUUGGUAGGAAAGACAGCCUCUCCAGUGACCAAUCCCUGGGAAAUGGUGUAUCUAGAAAGGGAUCGCUCGAGGACUCUCUUCAAAUACGUGGAGACAUGGUCAACAGUCCGGCGACUUUCGGAAUCAACGGCACCAUUCCCGCUGUUCAGUUAAAUGGUCACAAUAAGCUGAAACGAAAGAGGAACUUAAGACAGUUCAGCAUCGACACCAAUUGCACAGCAGAUGACUUUGACAACAGUGAGCUAGAACUGCUGGAUGGAUUUGAAUUCGAUUCUGACAUCGACAUGCCCGAGGAACUUGAACCUGCGGAACGAGUGUCUCGAGAGCUGUCUAUGCACUACCCAGAGGAGCCUAUCAAUGACCCCUUGAAUGCAGUUUGCGUUGUAGGUCUGCGAGUCUAUUCUUAGGAUCCAAGGUUGAGCUUGGAAGUCGUUCGUCCUGUGCCGGGAGACGACGUUGAAGCGGCGUUAGAUAUGGAUGACCCCGCAGUAUCUGCGACAAAUGAAAGAAGUGGAUUGGAUCAGUUCUUUAUUUAAAUAUCAUCUUCAUCCAUAUUAUCAAGCUGUUGGAACCAGAAGACAGAAUUAUAGAUAAUGCCAAGUCAUAUGUUAACGGCGGAAAUAUCCUCCGCUCCC